AUGUGUUCGGCUUUCAAUUUCCCUCAUCCGACUACUACAGCCGAUGAUCUCGAGAACCUUUAUAAUAUGUAUGGGGUUGACCGUUCUGUCGUCGUCGACUUGGUCGGCACGCAUGAGACUCCUGAAACCGUGAGAGAAGGCUACUACAUAGCCUAUCUUUCCUUCUUUCAUUCCUGCGGUCUUACCUUCCCGAUCCCGGAGCCAAUACUCAAGGCUAGGGAGGAGGGUCUUGCUUUUGGUCUUAGCGAGUUUCGUCAGCUCGUUCUGGUGAAGCGGAAUAAGCAGAACCCUGGUACUUUCCUCGUGUUUCCGCGCCCAGGUCGUCACGUCAUCGAGGACAUCCCUUAUCGCGAAGAGAAGUUGCACGAGCAAUUUUUUGUUUUCAAGAUGGAUCGAGCGUCUAUGGGUGACUUUGACUUCUCCCAGCUUCCCCGGCGUUGGACCGAGAAUAUCGUGCCUUCUGGAAGCUCCUCAAUGUCAGAUGAGAUCCGCGAUCUGAUGAGGGAGGUCGUAGCGACUCCUUCUGUUCAGACCCAGUCUUCAGAUCGGCAAACUAGACAGCUUGUGAAGAGAUCGUCGUUUCGAACUUCUGGGUUUGCAUCGAGUUGCCGAGCUUCCGUAAAAUCUCCCUUGAUCUCGAUUCAUGAUUCCGACGACGACGAUGUUUCAGGAGAGACUGGACCUCCUGUCUUGUUGAAUCUUGGCUCAGAAGACGAGCCCGUGGCGGCGAAUUGUAAGCUACGUCGGUCAUCGGAAGGUGACUUGCCCGGUCUGUCUCGUCCUAUGUUUAUUUCUGAGGGAGAUGGUUCUUCGUUUGCGGCCCAAAGCGACUUAAUUUCCCUCGCUGGUCGCAUGAGGUCCGCGGGUUGUCGUCUCCCAUCUCUCGCUUCCUCAGUCGAGAGGGAAGCCAAUGCCAAGGUUGCUGUGGCGAGCUCUAAGGUGAUGGAAGCUUUUAAUGAGUAUGUCGUGACGAUGGAGGAUCAUGUCGUGACGAUGGAGGAUCAUGUCGUGGCUUCUCGGAAUGACAAGAAAAUCGAGAGUAUUGGUUUUGAGAUUAAGAGGCUUUCGGAGGAGCUCGAAGCCACCAAGCGAGAAGGGAAGAAGGAUGCCGAGAAGAUCGAAGCUUUGACUGAAGACAGGAUGCCGAGAAGAUCGAAGCUUUGA